GACCAAUAUGCACCGAUCCAAUCGAGGCACUGCGAAUCUUAAGAACAAGUUAUAAGCUUGCUGAUGUUAGGAGAAAGUCUACUAAAUCGAUAUGGUCCGGAAAAUCAGAAACCGCUUAUAGAAACCAAUCUGCAUCCCAGUUUGAGAGUACGUUGUUUGCCAGGAACGAUGGGAUAUUUUCAAGCUCUGCUAAGUUGACAGAACUGAGGAGAAAAAUCGAAGCCAGGGAUCAAAAACUGGCAGAGUUAAGUAGAAAAAUCAUCGAGGGGCGGUCCAAAAGCUGCCGCGGGCCCCGUCCAGCAAAUGAUGAUGGCUCCAGAAAAAGAGAAGACGUAGGAGAAAAAAUGUCGCAACCACAUCAGCUGCAGCAGCUUCAAUUUGGUGAUCGUUUGAGAGACGUCGGAGAUAAAAAUGAAGAAAAUCCGGCCGUGAAACAGCAGCAGCAAGAUGACAAUAACAAAAUAGCAAUCGCUUCAGAGGAAUUAGUGUCAUUACCGUCGUCAGCGCAACAACAACAACAGCAACUACAGCAACAACAACCUGUUGACGAUGACGAUCACAAAAUGAUGACGUCACUGAUGAUGCAAAAGAAGAAGAAGAAGAAGAAUUUCAUCAUGAGGACCUUGAGUUCUCUCAAGAAAAAGCUAUACAGUUGAAUGAGCGAGCGAACGAACGAAUGAAUGAAUGAGUAGAUGAUGAAUGAAUGAAUGAAUAAACUCUUUCUCUCUCUUGAUAUACUACUACAUGCGCGAUUCACAUCAAAACUAUUCCAAUCAAAAAUACUGUCAAUUUAUCGUUAUACAGUUAUAUGUACAUAUAUAAUAUGUAAUGAAAUCAAUAUAUAUAUAUAUAUAUAUAUAUAUAUAUAUAUAUAUAUAUAUAUAUAUAUAUAUACCACGCCUGUGUAUUCAUAUACCGUUUUGUGUUAUAUAAAUAUACCAGGUACAUAAUGCAAUACAAGCAAUAAAUACACAGUCGCAUAUUACGUCAUACAGCUCAAUACAAAAGUACCGUCCAUACAUAUAUAUAUACACGUACACACGCACACACAUACAUAGAUGUUGACAGAAUUUUAUCUCAACAAUGGCCAUCUAUUCUAUCAGCUUCAGCUUCGUAUGACGUACGUCAGAGAGUCUUUAGUGAUGUUUUUUCACUUGAAGAUUUUCAAAUGACGUCAAUACUGCGUCAUAGAUUACCGACACCAUUACUAAAAAUAGCCCACUCCCCCUCCGACUUGACCUUUCUGACCCGACCUAAAUGAUUUUUCUGAAUUGUUCGUUUUUAUAACUGCAAUGGCAGACGCUACGCGCAUGUGUGUGGCUGUUUUUGAGUGAUUUCAUUCAAGAAUCAGGCACGCUAACAACGUACAGCUGGAUCGGCUAAUUUUUUUCUGUAAAUUUUCUUAAAUCUCAUAAAACAACACACACACAACACACUAGAAAACAUAACAAGUGUGCAUGUUUCAUUGAAAAAACCAAUACAAUUUGUUUCCAUGUUAACGAAUUUAUUUUCACGUCAAUAAAUUAUUGUUAAAUGUC